UAAAUCAAAAAAAAAAGAAGAAGAAUAAAGAAUAAGAAACACACUUUAUCAAAAUAUAUGAUGAGAAUCUAAUAUUUUUUAAAUUUAGUUAUCCUUCUAAGCAUUUGUUUUGUAAGCGUAAGUACAACAACUGUGAGUUGCAAUGCCCAUCCAGCAUUCAACAAAGCUAAGUAAAUAAUUACAAAUGCAGUUUAGCAAGACGCUAAGGGUAAAGCUUUGAAUGAUUAGCUCUAGUAAAAAUUUUAAAGUGCUCAACCUUAAGUAAGAAAUGCAUAAGAUUUGGGAGUUUGUAGUAAUUAUGGAGGAUAAUCUACAUGCUGCGAUACUGAAAUAGUUAAGUUGAUUGACAAAGCUGCUUUGCUAAAAAUAAAACCUAUACAGAAAUAGAAGAGUGCUUUCUAAAAACUUAUUAGCGUAUAUGCUACUUAAUUAAAUAAGAUAUGCAAUCCUUCCUUUCUAGUGUAAGCUUCUAUUACGGCUGAUAAAAUUUUUAGUAACACAGCUCUACUUACUUUAUAUUCAUACAAAUAAUUUUAAGCUAAUUGCAAGAUAAAUUUUGCAAAAGCUAUUUCAUCCUAUACAAGAGGAGCUAUGUGUUCUAUUUGUGCUGGAGUAGAUUAAAUUAGCGACUACUUUAACGCAUAGGGAUAGCUUAAAAUUCAUCCUGAUUCAAUUAAUAGUUUUGAAAAAGCAACUAAUGAUGCUAUCGUUUGUUAUAGUAAUAUUUUUACUCCUGCUAAUAUUGAUGUAGUAGUUAAAGAGCUUAAUAGUGCCUAUAUUAAAAAAAACAAUUCAUGUGGGGAUGAUGUUGCUAAAAGUGUAAAAGAUAUAUUUACAAAUCAUAAAGUAGUCAAUGAUGAUGGAAAUGGAGGUAAGUAAUGCAAAGGUCUUUUUGUCUACGGAGAAUAAACUGCUUGCUAAAAUGUUUUACAAGGUAACCCAUAGCUUGAAUAGUAAACCUAAAGACUUCUAAGAUCAUCAGAGAGAGAAGAUGCUGACUAACAAGUUAGAUUGCUUUAAGCAGUUCCCGAUGCUAUUUAAGAUCCAAAUGGUAUUCGUAUUUUCAUUUAAAGUACUACAGAUAGCUUGAUAGAUGAAAAUGGUGACGCAAUUGUUGGAGUUUUUGAUGAAUAAAAAACAAAUCCUAGCAAAAGUAAUGCUCAUUUACUAACACUAGAAACACUAAUAAUUUUGGCUACUAUAUUUGUUCUCUGA